AUGUCUGCCUAUGAGACUGUCGCCUUCGGGAAGCUGAAGCUCAAGGGCAAAUCCCUGGACGUCAAAGUCAACGGCAUCAAGAAGAAGAAGAAGGACAAGAACCCUAAUCAUUAUCAUCACUAUGAUGAGGAUCAUCAGAUCGAUCAUAACAUCUCUGAGUUAUCGUCAGACCCAGCUGACAGGUCGGACACUGGGCAUGAUCGGCGGCCUUCCUAUCUGGAUCAUCUGACGCCGGCGGAGAGAAGAUAUUUGGAGCAGAAGGAGAAGAUCGACAGGAGGAGGCUCGCAAUGGCAGCGAGCAAGUCCCACCGGGAUCGGAUUCAGGAGUUCAAUCAGUACCUGGCCAACCUGAGCGAACACUACGACAUCCCCAAAGUGGGCCCUGGCUGA